AUGAAGUUCUACCAAGCAAUUUUGCCACUUCUUGUACUGGGAGCUUCUGCUUCUCCUGUCACUAAGCUUGGUGACCUAUCUCACGAUGACACCGACCGCAGCGAUAUCAAGCUCGGCGACCAAGCCCAUGACGCGACCAGCCGCCGGGAUAUCAAACUGGGCGAUCAAGCCCAUUAUGCAACCAGUCGCGAUAUCAAGCUCGGCGAUCAAGCCCAUGACGCGACCAGCCGUCGGGAUAUCAAGCUCGGCGACCAAGCCCAUGACGCAACAGCGUAA